UUUUCCACACUCAACCAUCAGACAGACAGAACUCAAAGACCUGACAAGAGUCACCAGAAGAUCAGAAAAAAUCUAGUUUCUAUCUGCUGAACUAAACCACCUGUCCUCUCCUAAGAUGAAGACAUUCAGUGUUGCAGUUGCAGUGGCCGUCGUGCUCGCCUUCAUUUGUAUCCAGGAGAGCUCUGCUGACCCAAUCACUGGGGUACAAGAGCCGGAAGAGCCAAAGAGCAACGACAAUCCAGUUGCUGAACAUCAAGAGUUGCCAGGGAGAUUGGGGAAGAUGCUGUCCAACAUCAGAGAGAAGCGUCAAAGCAAUUGCUGCCAUAGCUGCCAUGGCAACCAUUGCCAACUGUGCCAUCACUGCUGCUCCCAUGGCCACUGCCCCUCAAGUGUCCAAGAGUAGAGCUUUUUUUUAAUCUGAAUUACUAAAGGAUGAUACUGUUCCAUCCACACACUUUAUGGGAUAUCUGCAGAUACUACUGUAUACUAUCAUAAUAAAGUUCAUUAAUACUUAUAUACAA